AACCACAAGAUUGCAGAGAAAGAAGUGGGGCCCACCCACCCAGUAAAGGGGAUAAGAGAUGAGGGUACUUAGCUAAGUGUUAAUGUUGGAUAGAGAUCAUGGCUGCAACGAACCUGGCCUCUUCUAUAACAUUCCAUAAAGCCGUCAAUUAUUAUCUUCCUAAUAAUAAAAGAAGAAUACACGUUUCUUGCUCACCUGAAACUGCAACCGCCACAAAACCUGAAAUUGAACUAGACUUCAUCGGGCCGAAAGCAGAUGAGCCCAUGGAUAAAGCAAAAGCAGUGAGUGGUGAGAAGCUCCUUAGGAACAUCAUGUCUGAGAAUAAGAUAGAGUUGUAUGCUCCAUAUGGAAAGGUGAUGAAUUGUGGAGGCGGCGGAAGCUGUGGUACUUGUAUUGUGGAGAUUAUAGAUGGAAAGGAUCUACUGAAUGAGAGAACAAAUACAGAACUGCGAUACCUAAAGAAGAAACCUGAGUCAUGGAGAUUGGCUUGCCAAACUAUAGUUGGAAAUAAGGAAAACUCUGGAAAGGUGUGUAAACGAUAUGAACUACGGUGACAUCUGCACCUGAAGCGUUCUCUCAUAAGGUACUUUCUGUUUCAAUAACAUGUACAGGUAGUGGUGCAGAGGUUGCCCCAAUGGAAGAAGUGAACAUGCUUAUAAACUGAAGAGCUAACUCACCAAGAAGCAGAAGAAUAUGCAUGUGGAGUAAUGCUUUGAGCAGAGUAUAAAUCUCUGGAAAUAUGAACUUUAUUCAUUCACUAAAUGACAGGAAAGUUUUUCGCUUCAGCAUUUUAUUGUCCCGUGGAAAACAUUUUCCGUCGUACGAAACACACCCUUAAUUAAAAUCUCGUCGCGUAUAUUUUUCUCUUUGUUUGUCUGCAUCCUUCUAAUUACUUCAUUGUUCUGAAGAAUAUUUAAGGCAUUCUUUUCUGAACAUAUUUUGCCACUCA